CCCUGGCACAGAGCCCGCGAAAGGGGGAGGGAGAAGAGCCUCGUUUUGUUUACAGAUGCUUUAGCCGCUAACAGGCUAAUCGCACUUUUAUAACCAAACAGCGGCUCAUUUUCCUCAAAAUAAGGCGAUUACGGGACAAAAUGCUGAUAAUGUGUUCUCCAGGCAUAUAAUCUGUGAGGACACUGAGAAGGAGAAGCGCAGAGUCCAGAAACGGAUCCGGACCGAGGAGCUGCUGAAUUCAUGUUUAUAUCGUGGCCACAUGAACAGAUUGGGCUCGUUGGACAGUGAAAAGCUCUUCCAGCGCGGUGAGGGAGAAGGUUCGAGCGGAAAGGGGGUUAAAGUGUUGGAGUGAACCGCCUGUUUGCUGGGAAAUGUCUCUGGUUUGCUACGACAGCAGCGACGACAGCGACCGCGAUGAAGCCCCGAGUCCCGCGGCUACGCGACCCGAACCGAGCCGGGCUCCUGCCGAGAGAAAGCUGGACCUGCCGAGGCCCAGAAAGCGCGGGGAGCCGGUGAAAAUCUCCGUCCCGGAGAUCAACGCAGCGAGUUCAGAUUCCGAUGAAGAUGAACCUGUGAGAAAGAAAGCGGGAGCUCAGGGUGGUGGUCUGUCGUCUCUGCUGCCUCAACCUAAAAACCUGGUGUUGAAGGAAACGCAGCGCCCCCUGGUGCCUCACACCCUCACUAAACGGCCCGCGCCUGCGCCGCAGUCCAAAGGGAAACCGGGCUCGCAGGCCGUCUCUGGAACCAGCCCGUCUCCGUCCGCUAUUAAGGCCGCAGCGAAGUCCGCAGCGCUGCAGCUGGCCCGGCAGAUGGCGGCCGACGAGGAGGGAAGUGACGAUGAACUCGCUCCGGAAAACUACUUCUCCCUCCCGGAGAGCUCCACGCUCCCCGCCGCCGCCCCUUACCCGGAAGCUGAGCCGUAUGCCCCCUCCCUACACCCUCCUCCCAGCAUGGAGGACGCCCCCCUCGACUUCGGCUCCAAAGCAGAGUCGCACACCAAACCCGCCUGGGCUGAUUUUCAGAGAGAUGAUUACCAGACCCAAAAUCAGGAGACGGAGGACCCGUCACCAAAACCCUGCCCACAGGAUUAUUACAGUGAGGGGUUCUACCAGGACCACAGCGCUGGGUUCAUUGAAGAGGAAGAACCAGAAUCUUCCACUCUGUUCAACGACGAAGCAUUCCGCAGGUUGCAGGGCAAACAGAAUCGUGGGAAAGAAGAAAUCAAGUUUUUGGAGAUUAAAGGAGAUGACCAGCUGAGCGGGAGCCAGCAGUGGCUGACCAAGAACAUGACUACGGAAGCAGAGCCACGGAAGUCCUUCAGUAAGAAAAAAGGAGAUCAACCAACGGGGCAGCAGAGACGCAAACACCAGAUCACGUAUCUGAUUCAUCAGGCUAAGGAGCGCGAGCUGGAGCUGAAGAACAACUGGGCUGAUAAUAAAGUCAGCCGGCGACAGACGCAGGCCAAGUACGGCUUCUAGCAGGUGGCACGCUGAUGGGCUCUUCAGCUGUGCUGACCUAACCGCAGCUCGUUUAGAGUUUAUGGACAUUCAGUAGACUAAGUCCUGGAAGCCCUUCAGGUAGAGAACGCUUAUCCCCUUCCUGUUCUGUUUCCGGCAACGUCAACGUCAACGUCAGACUGACUUAGUAUCUCGACAUCGACUCAUUUUCUCACAAUAUUGAUCAAUAAUGGGAUUUUUUUUUUCUUGAGCCUUUGAGAAACUGUGUUAAAAUAACGGUUGCAUUUGGGAUCAUGUGAUUUUCGCAAGGUGCCGAUCAUUAUUUAUACGUAGUACGUCAUUGUUUUAACAUAUUAAGUCAGUCUUUCGAGGAAAUAAGUCAUUAUGCCAGAAACGGAGAAGGAAAAAAAUGAGUGGUAGAUUUUUUUUUUCUCCUCUGUUCGGUGGAAAUGGGCUACAAAGUGGGUACCAUUAGAAUAAUGUCAUCGCGGCCGAGCCUGCACGUAAUUUUCCUUCUAACUAAAGGACCUCAAGACGUUCUAGCAUCACUGACUCUCUUCCUGCUGCGCGUUAACAGUUUGCGUGGACGUUGUGUGCCGAAGGAUGGAACCCAAAAGUCGAGCCUGUCUGCUCAUCGUUUAGCGUUUAGUGUAGUUGAUUAAAUUUACAGUCGUUUUUCAGCCGUUUUCUCAGUUUUCACUCAUUUUUGAUGGUAAGCGAUCGACACGCUGACUCUAAACACAUAACAGAUGCCAGAGACGCUUCAGCAGCUGCUCAUCGGCUUCUGUUCGGAAUGAUCCAGUGGGUUUUCCCGUCUUUAGCUGCAGUCGUAUGCAAAUGUUUAGGUCAAAUUCCAUGUUGGUGUUGAAUUGAAUAUGGAUAAGAGACCACGUCCACUACAGAGACGCACUUCUCCACACGUCCACACCCUGACUGUUUAUUUACUGAAGUUAACACGCUGGAAAACACUGUGGGUCAAAUUAGGCCACAUUUAAUGUUAUGUCUUUUCAGGAUGUCAAAUUCGGAUCAGAAAUGGAAAAUUUCCUCUAAAAUCUGAAGAAAACUCCCGUAUUUAAGUUUGUUUUGUACAUAUUUACACAUGUAGUUUGUCUGGAUGUUUGUGUGCGACUGUGAGUCCAGGGAAAUGAAUCAGUAGAGAAAGUUAUGGAAGCCCACCAGGAAGAGAGGAACAUUUUUCUUCCGUUUGUUUCUAGAAACGGGAGUCAAACUGACUUAUUUGAAUUAUUUUCUCAAAAUAUUCACUUAAUAUCUCAAAAUGAUGACUUUUCUUGAGCUUUUGAGAUACUUCACUCUUUAAAAAGAACGUUCCAGGAUUCCUCACUAAAGAAAAUGGUUCUGUAUAGAUCCAUGAAAACUCAAAGAACCACUUGCACGAUUAAGUUCUUUGAGUUCUUUGCAUCAUGAAAGGGUUCUCUGUAAUGUGCUGCCGAUGGUUCUAAAUCUAAAUGGUUCAGUAUAGCACUCAGAAUGGUUCUUCUGUUGUUACAGUGUCAGGCUUGUGAUUAGUAGAAGAACCCUUUUGGGUGCUGUGUAGAACCAUUUUCAAAAAGGUUCUAUAUAGUACAUCCAUGCACAUUUUCCAUCAGUCUGAAGAACCAUUUCGUCAUGCUAAGAACCCUUUAAUCAUGCAGUGGUUCUUUGAAUGUUCAUGAUUUAAAGGGUUCGUUGUGUCACGGCGAGGUUCUUUGGAACGUGCUGCAGAUGGUUCUAAAUAGAACCUUUUUGAAAAUUGGUUAAAUGUAGCACCCAUAGGGGUUCUUCUUUUGUUAUGGGGUCAAGCUUGAACCAUCUAUAGCAGAAAACCGUUUCAUCGUGCGAAUGGUUCUGCUUAGGACCAUUUCCCUUACUAAAGAACCCUUGAAGAACCAUCUCUAAGAGCGCUUGCCUAAACGAGUUUUCACAUUUCAAGAAAGUAAAUAUAUUUUUGGGAGAUUAGUCAAUAUUGCAAAGUACUAACUAGUCAUUUUGACAUAUUAAGGCAUUAUUUCAACAUAUUAAGUCAGUAUUGUGAGAAAAUAAGUCAUUAUGCCAGAAAAA